CUCAGCCACCUCUACACGCAUUGCAUUCGCCGAGUGGCCCACUCGGACCUCGACACCAUCUUCAUCGAGAAGGAGCUCCCGCCAGCUGUCGCCACCGAAGUCAAACUUCUCCGGCUAAAUUCUUCUCCUCCUCAUCCCGAACAGGACAAUGACCGAGUCAACUCGGCCUCGAAAAGCGUUAGGAGAAUAAUCCGUGCCCUCGACUCGGACGAUAUCGAGCUCGUUCGCCUCCUCCUAACCGAGUCCGACACGACACUCGACGAGGCUUAUGCCCUACACUACGCGGCUGCAUAUUGCGACCCAAAAGUAGUGUCCGAAAUCCUCAGCCUUGGCCUUGCGGACGUGAACUUACGAAACCCUCGUGGCCUCACGGUGCUCAACGUGGCGGCUAGGCUAAGAGAACCGUCUCUUAUAAUCUCGCUUUUGAACAAAGAGGCUUGUGCUUCGGACUGCACGUUCGAGGGGCGAACGGCGGUGGAUAUCUACCGGAGGCUGACGAGGCGGAAGGAUUUCGAGACGAGGAGAGAGAAAGGUCGGGAGGCGAAUAAUAAGGAUCGGAUGUGCGUUGAUUUGUUGGAGAGGGAAAUGCGGAGGAAUCCGGUUGUGGGGGAAAAGUCGGUUUCGCCCCUGGCUGUGGCCGAAGACCUGCACAUGAAGUUGCUCUACUUGGAAGAUCGAGUGGCAUUUGCGCGUAUGUUUUUCCCUACGGAAGCUAAGCUAGCUAUGGAAAUUGCACACGCCGAGACCACAACAGAGCUCACCAGUCUCUUGUACUCGAGAGGCUCAAGCGGGAACUUGAUGGAGUUUAUGGAAGAUGAUUUGUCCUAUCUCGAGAAGGGCACACCGGAAGAACAUAAAAUGAAACGAAAGCGUUUUAUGGAGCUCAAAGAUGAAGUUAACAAAGCGUUCAACAAGGACAAGGCGAAGCUUCAUCGCGUGGGAUUUUCUUUUACUAAUGUCUCCAUUGCUUUUGAUGUUGUGCUUUAUGAGAAGUUGUAG